AUGAUAAAGUGUCUAUCCCGUGUGUCUGUACAAAAUAAUAUAUUACGCGGCUUAUCUUAUCGGUUUAAAAAGGAUUAGUUUAAUGUCAUGCGAGGCAUCCGGUUGCACAAAAAAAAUGCUGUGUGCAUCUAAAUAACUAUAUUUAUCAAAUUAAUCAUCAAUAAGCAAUUUGAAUGUUUUUACGCUUAUUCUUAAGUUUUAUAGAGAUUAGAAGUGAGUUAAAAAACCAUUAACUGUUUGCCGUGACUUGUUUUUACAAAAACACCAGCUACGUAACCUCCAUAAAUAUUUAUGUUUUCUUAUUUAUACGCCUUUCAAGUGAACAAUUACAACAACUUUACGAAAACAAUCUGAACAGUUAAGAUUAGCCUAUAUUUGUUUGGGUGUAGUGAUUGUAGCAGAAAAUAUAGAUAACACAAAUUAUUAUAAUUAUAUCAAUUUUAAUUAUUGCACUUUUAUUAAAUAUUAUAAUUAUUAUCAAACGUUUUAAGUAUAAAGUAGUUCGAAAUAAUUUGGUUAAGAAAUUGUUGUAAACGUGUUGCCUUUUAUCGCAACUUUUAAUGAAAUGGCUAAAUAAAUAACAAUAAAUAGUGCUAUCUCUUCGAUAUCAUUUUAUCUAUGUUUAAUUACCAGCUUAAAAACGUGUCUGAUAAUUUUGAAAUACACCACACCACUUAAAUUAGAGAGAUAAAUCCUCUUUUAGAUAAUAACCAAUAAAAUCAAAAUUUAACCACAAAACUCACUCAGUUUAAUUCUUCCUUUAAUACAAUUACAAUUCUUGAUCUAAUAACUUGAUUAUCUAAUUGUCAAAGUUUCUAUAUUAAUAGAUUUUUAGAAGUUGAGACAAAAUGGAGUUAAUUAAGUUCACCUCGCAUUGUAAUUUAUUUAUGAGGAAUCAAAAUUAUAAUUCAUCUUCCGUGGGACUCGCCAGGUCGUCUUUAAGCGUUUCCGCCGUCGAUUAUUACUUGAACCUCCCAAUAACAUGUCCACCAUCACCUGCAAUGUCUUCUAUAACUCUAACUCCAGGUCGGUCAAGGAACAUCGAUCAAGACAUGGAAGCUUUGAGAGUGUCCAGACAAGAUAAUCCAUUUAUUAAGCAGAUAAUUGCCAGUCGCGAAAGCUUAGCUGAUAAUUUGGACGAUAACGAAUCGGAUAAUGCAAAUUUGGUAUCAAGGGAAUUAAAUAUUGAUUUGGAAGUGGACCCAUUUUCUUUACCAGAAAUGCAUGAACAUAUGAUUAGAAGUCCUCCCCCUGCUUCUUGGCCUCGUAGUCCUAAUAGGAAGGUUUUUAGCUUUCCUGAUGGUGAUGGUGAAGAUGAGGAAUGUUUAGAAGUUGAAGUUAGGAAGAAUAAAGGUUGUGGAAAGAUGGAAUUGAAAAAUAAAUACACUAGUUGGGAUGGUUUGGAAAGUAUUUCGCCAUUAAGAUCGUUUGGAGCUGGUUUGAGAUCUUCAGAUGAGGACGAAGUGAGAUUAAUGUCAACAAGCGAAGAUUAAAACGAUUUUGAAAUGGUAUUAAGAUCAUGUUAUAAUGAUUUUAUGAUUAGAAUAGCGAUGAAAAAAGACGUUUUUAAAAAAAGAAUUAAGGUUAGGUUUGACAUUCCAUAAUUUAAAAUCAUUUUUGUUAAAAUUUCGAUGUUUAAAAGAUUUUAGAUGAAAUUAUGAGUGAUGUUGAAGAUUUUUACACAUUUUUAAAAAUUUUAAUUAAACAAAUAGCAAAAUUUACAGUGUAAUUUCGAUAAUUUUAUCGCGAUUUGAGAAAAAUUAUGCUUAUAAAAGAAGAAUGAUAUUCUUAGAUGAACUAACCAAACUUUUAAACUUAUUCUAGUCGAUUGUGGUUGUCACUAUUAAUUAAUUAAUUAAGGAAGUACUUAUAUUUUCGUUUUAAUUACUUAAUUAGCCAUGAAACUAAUAGAAACUAAAUGAAUAUAAAUAAUUAAAAUAAGUCUAAUUGCAUUUAUUAUUAGAGUUUAUUUUUGUGUUAAAUAAAGAGAAUGUUUUAUUGAUUA